AUGUGACUGUCACUGAAACUCUCCAAUUCUUAUUUCACAGGAAUCCAGACGGGGAUGCCAAGCCUUGGUGUCACGUGCUGAAGGACGGAAAGCUGACGUGGGAGUACUGUGACGUGCCCCCGUGCUCCACCUGUGGCCUGAGGCAAUACAAACAGCCCCAGUUUCGAAUUAAAGGCGGGCUGUUCACAGACAUCACCUCGCACCCUUGGCAGGCUGCCAUCUUUGUCAAGAACAAGAGGGCUCCUGGAGAGAGGUUCCUGUGUGGAGGAGUGCUGAUCGGUUCCUGCUGGGUGCUGUCUGCGGCCCACUGCUUUCUGGAGAGGUUUCCCCCCGAUCAUGUUAAAGUGGUCUUGGGCAGAACAUACCGGGUGGUUCCUGGAGAAGCGGAGCAGACAUUUGAGAUUGAGAAAUAUAUAAUCCAUAAGGAAUUUGAUGAUGACACUUACGACAACGACAUUGCAUUACUGCAGCUGAGGUCAGAUUCCAAACAGUGUGCCCAGGAGAGCAGCUCUGUCAGCACCGCCUGCCUUCCUGACCCCAACCUGCAGCUUCCUGACUGGACAGAGUGUGAGCUGUCUGGCUACGGCAAGCAUGAGCAAACGUCUCCUUUCUUCUCUGAGCGGCUGAAGGAGGCUCAUGUGAGGUUGUACCCAUCGAGCCGUUGCACGUCACAGAAUUUGUUCAAUAAAACCGUCACAGACAACAUGCUGUGUGCAGGAGACACCCGAAGUGGAGGCAGCCAAAAUCUCCAUGAUGCAUGUCAG